CUCACGCCUGUAUUUCAGUUUCACUAUCUAUUUACUCCUCCUGGACUCCCGAAACCCUAAUUUCCCAAUUCACCCAAUCAAUCAAUGCCAGGCAAGCGUUCUCGCUUAACUCGGUCUCAGAGCUUCGGUGACAUUGGUUUAGGGAACGACCGGCUGCCUCCGAGGGACGGUGGUUUCACUGCUGAUAACAUGGCCGGUCAGUUUAUCCGAAGGAUUAUCGCGGUCUCGCCUCCUCCUCCGCUGCUGCCUGAGAAAGAGAAGGAUAUUGGAGAUGGUUUAAUGGAGACUGAGCAUUUUCUCGAGAGGUGUGAGCACUGCUGGAAGAGAUUGAGUCAAAAACAGGAUGUCUAUAUGUACGGGUCAUCUUAUUGUGGAUCUAACUAUCAAGAUUUCCCAAGCAAGAAUUAACGCUGAAGAAAACAACACAUUAGUUCUUGGAUAUCUUUUACUCAAAGGUGACUUGGGUGCUUUUUGUAGUCCUGAGUGCCGCGAUGCACAGAUUGCAAUUGACAAGGCAGGGCAGGAAGUCCAUGGACAAUCAAUUGGCAUAAGGGCUUCAAGCAGCAGGAAGGAUACAACUGGAAAGGCAGUGGCAGAAGUACCACGGCUUGUAUAUAACUAGAUAAUGACGUAGCAAGCUAGUUUUAGUGGCGCACAGCCGUCAGGUUUUUGUGAAUGGCUUGCACCUGUGAAUAGAGUGGCCAUCCUUCUCAUUUACGCUGCCAUGACUGACAUAGCAUUAGGUGAGAUUUCAAGUGUUUGUUUUAGGAUCGAAAGCAUUUCUCUUUUAUAGGUUGAAUCUGCAAGCUGCAUUUUCUAAUUUUGAUUGGAAAAUGUUGUUUAUGAAUUUCUUAAUAUUUCAAGCUCAGAACUAUAUAGUCAUGCUUGUAUGCUGAAGUGAUUCUGUUACUGAGCUGGACAGUUUGUAUUUGCCUUCACUGAUUUCUAAUUUUCAAUAUGAGAUGGCAAUUAAUUAUAUAA